AUGUCUUCCAAAAUGUUAAUAUUUUUCCUUAUUGCUACCAAUGUUGUGGCAGAUACUCAUUCGAAUAAGCUUUCGUGGUGCGAAUACUGGCAGAAACGUGGAAUCCAAAGACCAGAAUGUUUACCGCCACGAGUUCAGCACUGGUCAAUUGCCAAAACAAGACAUCAUGAAAAAACCGGGGUCCUUUCUAUGCCAAUUUGCGAUACUGUGACCGAUUGGUCAAGGUGCCAGAAGUCUAACCAUUGUCCAUUAGGCUUGUUGUGUUGGAGAAGAGGGAGCCCGUGCUGCACACCGCAGCUUGCCACAAGCACAAAUUUUGGAACUGACCAGUGUCCGGUUCCGAAAACAUUAGGAAUAACUUGUAACACUCGGAAUCCAAUUAAUUGGUGUAACUCAGACCAUGACUGCCAUAGGUCUUCUGAAACUCAAAAAUGUUGUCCAACAGGAUGUGGAUAUAAUAUGUGCCUUCAUUCGCGGCCAUGUCAUUCGUACCUGAUACUUGUCCGCCAAUGGAUACUAUCGAGGUUUCUUGCAUUUCGAAUGGGAUCAGUUGGUGUCACACCAGCAGUCAAUGUUUACAGAGCAAAGCACAAUCCCGAUCAUGUUGUCCAACCAGAUGCGGAUACAAUGUAUGCCUACUGCGACUAUCACCAACAAAAUGGAUAA